CGAGGCUGAGCGGGAAGCGCCGACGCCCGCGGAUGGCGUCCCGGGCGGGUUCGGCGUCCCGGCGGCUUGGUGCGAUGCCAGCUCUCGGAGCGGACCGCGCCUGUCUCGUCGGGUAGCGACGCUGCUCCGAGCGGGGCGGGCGUUUCCGUAGGUGUUGGGCAGCUCUUUGGUUUAUUAAUGACUACUCUCCAAAUCUCCUUGUGAAAAAGUAAAUCAAGGAGGAGUGACGUUUCACGAGUGAAUGGAUCCCUCGGGACAGUUUCAUAAAACGGCCUGGGAUUCCACUGCCCUUCAAAUCUUAAACUACUGCUGAGGUUGUUUGUACAGCAGAUAUGUUAUUGGCAGCAGUCCUUGUACAGCCCUGAACGUGGAAUCAGGAGACCUGGUUUGCAAUCCUUGCUGUGUCACUAACAAGCUGUGUGUGACCUUUGAAGCUUAAGUGAAAAUGGAACAUGUUAGAAGACAUGAAACAAGAUCACAUUCUAAAACUCAAAUGCCUAAGCAAAAAUCUCGAGUUGAUUGGAGGCGGACCAAAAGAAACAGUAUCUCACAAUUAUUUGAUAGUGAAGAAGAGCUUGAUAGCAGUGAAGAUCUAAGUAGCGAUGAAGAGCUUCAUAGCGAUGAGAGUGUUGACAGUGAGGAAGAGCUAGAUUGUAACGAGGGGCCUGAUGGUAAUAAAAUACCAGAAAAUGAAACAGAAAUUAAAUUAACCAAAGUUGAAAGUGGAGGAAGCAGCAAUACGCAAUUCAUUAACACCGGUGACAGUUCCACACAUGAAGAAGAAAUAAACAAUCAUAGGUCUGUUGACUUAGAUUGUGAAAAGGAUCUGAGUCAAGAGGAUGAUACCAACAAACACACUGCACCAAUCAUAGAGGAAGAUUUAGAAGAAGAACAAAUCAAACGAGCAAAAAGAAAAAAGCUAACUUCUGUAAUGGAUGACAGUGACGAUAGUGAUGACAGUGAUAUCUUAGCUAGAAAAGCAGGUGGUAAACGUCCACGUAGAGUGGUUGAAGAUGAGUGUUCUUCGGUGGAAAUGGAGCAGAGUAAUCCUGAAAAAUCAUUAGCUGCUCGAAAGCGAGAACAGCUGCAGAAGCUGAAGGAGCUCUCCAGGCGAAGAUCUCGCCAGAGAAGCAAUAGUUGCAGAGAUUCUGAGGACUCUGAAAAGGAAUCCUGUCCAAUUGGUGAUGAAGAUGAGGAGGAAGAGGAUGAUUCUGAAUAUGAUGAAGAUGGAGAUGAUUGUACUGUUGAUGACUUUGUACUACAGGAUGAAUGUGAUGAAGUGAAUGAAAGUCAACAAGAAGAAAAAUUGACCACCUCACACCUGAAAUUAGUGAAACAGAAUUCUCUGUAUUCUUUUAGUGACCACUAUACUCACUUUGAAAGAGUGGUAAAGGCUCUUCUGAUCAAUGCUUUAGAUGCCUCUUUUUUGGGAACAUUGUAUGAUGGCACCAGGCAAAAAUCAUAUGCACAAGAUAUGUUGACAUCUCUUCAUUAUUUGGAUGACCGCUUUAUUCAGCCCCGACUGGAGAAUUUAUCUUCUAGGAGUCGUUGGAAAGAGCAGUAUAAGGAGCGAGUAGAAAACUAUUCUGUUGUAAGUAUCCAUUUGAAGAAUCCGGAAAGCUGUUUUUGCCAGGCUUGUGGACUGCAUCGCUACUGUAAAUAUUCAGUGCACUUAUCGGGAGCGCUGUAUAACACCAGAACUAUGGAAACAGAUGAUUUCAUGUCACAUGAUAAACAGGUGUUUACUGUUGGCAGCACCUGUGCUGAUCGAACCAGAAUUUACCAUAAACUGAAACACUUUAAAUUCAAACUGUACCAGGAAUGUUGCUCCCUUGCAAAGACAGAAGAAGUUGAGGAUGAACAGGUGAAGGAAACAGUGGAAAGAAUUUUCAGUCAGUCAAAAUCAAGUGGCUGGAUUGAAGAGAAAUAUGAUCAACUUCAAGAAUAUCUGAAUUUUGCGGAUUACUUUCAAGGAGAGAAGUUUGAAUUGUAACACAUUUCCUUCAGAGAAGAUUUUAUAAAUUCCUGUAAAUGCGAAGAUCAUGAAUGAGUCUUGUUUCUCUGUAUCAUGUGGCAUAUUUGUAUAUGUUUUUGUGUAUAUUCAUGGAAAAAUACCUUGUUUAAAACCUGUGUUCAUCUAUAUUCCCAUGAAACAGCACUCUAUACUCUAAUAAAACUUUUAUUUGGCAUACAGGAAAGGUAUAAGUUUAACAGUUUUUAAGUCUGUAAAUGUAAAGUUUAUCAGUGUCUUUAAUAAAUGACUAUCAAGUGAA